UUCUGGGCGAUCAAAAUCUCUCUUAAUCAGGUCAUUUUAUAGUUACAAUUCUGUAUAUGUGUAUGUGUUCUUAUACGAUCUGCGGUUUAAUGUGAAUUGUGGGUGAAAGAUUUUGCAAGAUAUAGGGUUUAUUAGCUUGAUGGAUGAUGAUAUGGUUAUCGGUCUCGAUUUGAACCGAUCGCCUUUUGUCGACCCAUCGCCAUCGUCACCGCCGGCGCCUCCGUCUCCAGGGUUAGCAUCUUUCUUAGAUGAAAUGGAAACCUCACGAGGCGGGAUUGAGGAUCGGAUUAGGCAGCUGGAGGCAGUUACCGCUAGGGCUCAUCAACGUCAACGGUGGCGACGGCUUAUGAACAAUCCAGAGUUAACUUACAUGUCGGUAAGUGAGUCUGCCGUUGGUAUGAGAAAUGAGAAUCAAGGCGACAAUGGGGUUGUGGAGGGACCGAUGAAUGGCGGUGGUGAAGAAAGGGAGAGGAAUUGCAAAAGGGAUAUCAGCCAUUUGGCGAAAGCAUUGGAAAUGGAUUUAGAUGGCAAGAAAACCGAUAAUGGUGGGGUUGCUGAUGCCAACGGUGUUAAUGGGAAUUUCUUUGAUUGCAACAUAUGCUUGGAUAUGGCUAAAGAUCCGAUUUUGACUUGUUGUGGUCACUUGUUUUGCUGGGGUUGCUUUUAUCAGGUUCCAUAUGUGGAUUCAAUCUCAAAAGAAUGUCCAGCUUGCAAAGGAGAAGUAAUUGAUUCAAAUAUCACUCCAAUUUACGGCAAUGGAAAGAAUUCACAGGUUUUGGAGUUAGAAUCUGGGGUGAAAAUCCCUCCAAGGCCGCGUGCCCGCAGAGUAGAAGGUGUUAGGCAGCAGAAUUUUGGUAGGGGGGUUUCUCAUAUUCCGGUGGCAGAUGCACUUCGAAGGAUUAGAAUUGGUCUUGGUUUGAUUGAGGGAAACUCUCAUCCUCUGGGUCUUAGCGGUUUAGUUCCAACAUCUGUAGCUAAUCCGGUGGUGCUGCACGGUUCAGAGGCGGAGGAAAGUCAUGAUGGCCGCCAAUUCUCUAGGAGCCCCAACCUGCAGAGAUGAAUCUUUCUGUGCCCCUUUCUUCAAGAAGAAACCUUGAUACUACUGUCUUGCAC